UACAUCCUCAAUUUCCCCGAGGUGGAUGACAGAUUAUGGCUACCUGAUCCUUGAUCUCAUAACAUAAAGGAUACCUCCGUGGCUCAAUUAGCCUUGGCCAGCUUCAAGGUCACUCAUCUCUCUACUGUUUUGCUCAAUCCCAUACUUCCCGAAAUCAGACAACAUGGCUUCUCUUGCUGCCCUUUGGCAACGACCCACCACCAAACAAUUGGUGACCGGCGCAGCACUGCUUGUCCUCACUGCGUUCUAUUCGCCCUUGACGGUUCUGACUUUGGCCCCUGUCUACGGUACUCAUGGCACACAUGUCUUCCAUGCUUAUGGAGUUGCCAUCGUGGCCGCUGUGGGAUGGUUCAUGAAGGAUCACAUCCAGCGACUUUCCGGCCGGAAGGCCGUCUAUUUCAUCCCCGUCGUGGCCUUCUGGAUUCCAACCAUUCAGACGUUCUUGUUCUCAUCGAGCUCGGUCUUGGGUAAUCCUGUUGGUCCCAUCUUCACUGAGAUCGCUGCCUACUAUCCAUUGGUUAUCAUUUCUGUCGCCUGUGCUGGUAAACUGGUGCAGUCAGGGCUGGAUCUAAGCCGACAUGGCGAGGCCGUUGCAGAGCACGUCCCUCUCGUCUCAUCGUAUGUAAUCUACAAGAUUGGUGAGAAGUUCGCCAAGGCGUUUCUGGCAAAGUUUCUUGGCUCGACGAUCCUCUUCACUCGCGCUGGUUUGCAGCUCUUGCUGCCCGUCUUGUACUCCGUCGCCAUCCCCUCCAAAUUCCUUAUUUUCGCAAUUCCCUCCCUGCUCCUUUCUGUCACCUCCAACGUGCAUCUCAGUGAUGGAACUUUGAACUCAUAUCUCAAUGAUGAGGGAUUCGCGCUUGUUGCACGCCAAGAUUCGAACACGGGCUACAUCUCGGUUCUCGAUAACCUGAACGACGGCUUCCGCGUCAUGAGAUGCGACCACAGCCUGCUGGGAGGCCAGUGGACCAAAAUGCCGCGCGGUUACAGUCCUGCUACCUUAGAUCCGAUCUAUGCCGUCUUUACUAUGCUGGAAGCCGUUCGUCUUGUUGAGACCGACCACGGGGAACCCCGUGUGGAUGCCAACAGCAAGGCACUCGUCAUCGGUCUGGGUGUUGGAACCACGCCUUCAGCCCUGAUUGAACACGGCAUUGAGACAACCAUUGUAGAAAUCGACCCCGUCGUGCACCGAUUUGCGCUGGAAUACUUCCACCUCCCUUCGAACCACAUUGCUGUCAUCGAAGACGCCAUCACGUUCGUGGAGCGGUCUCCCGAGGCCCAGUACGACUACAUUGUCCAUGACGUCUUCACUGGUGGCGCCGAGCCCCUUGAGCUCUUCACCAUUGAAUUCAUUGAGAGACUAGCCUCCCUCCUCAAAGAGGACGGAGUCAUCGCCCUCAACUACGCUGGCGAUAUCAGUCUCUACCCCGCCGCCCUCACUAUCCGCACCAUCCAAGCCGUCUUCCCCACCUGCCGCAUCUUCCGCGAAUCUUCUGAAUCAGAUGACCUGACAAACGACUUCACCAAUAUGGUCAUCUUCUGCAAGAAGAGCGCCGCGACGUCGCUUCGCUUCCGACAGCCUCAAGCAAAGGACUUCCUGGGCAGCAAAUUCCGCGAGAACCACCUGCUCCCCAAACACGAAGUCGAUCCCGCGCAGUUCGAGGUGAUUCCGCCCAAUGGUCGUCGACUAUUGACUUCGCGCGAAACCCACUUGCUGCAUAAGUAUCAGGAUCGGUCGGCGCUCGAGCACUGGCAGAUAAUGCGCACUGUGCUGCCGGAUCUUGUAUGGGAGUAUUGGUGAUGGGUUCGAGCUCCGUUUCGAUUUCACUAGGGCUGGGUGUUUUCACUUUGUCCCUUUUCUCGCUUUUUCUGUGGACAAGGUAUCUAUAGUUUCACUGGGCUCACACAUAAAGACCGGCUCAGUGGUGUAAUAUUAUGUGACAUCUUGUUAUGGUACUGAUGUGACUUGUUUGGAUUUCUU